AUGUACUUCGAUUACCGCUCCAUCGCCAUGAUUGGUCUGCUGUACGGACCUUCCGCGAGUGCUCUGCCAGCAGCUGCUCUUGAGCAGGACGUGUCAGAAUUUGUGUCAAGGCAAACGACGGGACAGUCUCCGAACUCUAACGAUGGACAAUCACUAUGGUUCUGGGCUUGUGGUAACAGUAAAGCCUGUGGAAGAGCUUAUGGCCCCGGUAUGCCGGUUAAUCAGUGCCUCAGUUGGGGCAGCUACUGGGGUAACAUGGGAAACGGCGCCUUGAGAAUCAACACUAGGUUAGCGAUUACGAUUAUUGCCCUGCCCUUCUCCGUGAUUCUCUAG